AUGGCGGCGGCCGAAUCAGCGAGGGUCCAGGAAGCGCAGAAGCUUGCCAAGUCUGACCCUCGAAAGGCUGAGGCCAUCUACAAGGACAUCAUCUCCAAGGCUCCUAGCACCACAUCCGAUGCUGCCACUCGCGAGUACGAGACUGCUCUGAUUAGCUUAGGAGAGCUGUAUCGAGAUGAGAAGAAUACCCAAGAGUUGGUGACCCUGGUCAAGGAGAGCAGAACGGUCUUCUCUUCUUUCGCAAAGGCCAAGUCAGCAAAGCUUGUCCGCCAACUGCUCGACCUCAUCAAGGAAAUCCCCGAUAGCACCGAUAUCGAAAUCUCCGUCACCAAGGACUGUAUAGAAUGGGCCACCGCCGAGCGCCGCGCGUUUCAGCGACAGGACCUCGAGGUCCGCCUUGUCACUCUCCAGAUGGCAAAGCAAUCCUACUACGAAGCCCUCGGUCUCAUUAACAACCUUCUUCGCGAGCUCAAGCGCCUCGAUGACAAGCUCCGACUCGUCGAAGUUCAGCUCCUCGAGUCGAGAGUUUAUCACGCCCUUGGCAACAUCCCCAAGUCCCGUGCCGCUCUUACAAGUGCACGAACAAGCGCCGCCAGCGUAUACACCCCUCCGAUGCUACAGGCUAACCUCGACAUGCAGAGCGGUAUGCUUCAUGCUGAGGACAAGGACUUCAACACCGCUUUCUCUUACUUCAUUGAGGCUCUUGAUGGCUACCACUCUCAAGAUGAGAGCACCCGCGCUCAGGCUGCUCUUCAGUACAUGCUUCUUUGCAAGAUCAUGCUAAACCUUGUGGACGAUGUCAACAACCUUAUGACUUCCAAGCAAGCCCUGAAGUACGCUGGCAAGAACCUAGAGGCCAUGAAGGCCAUCGCUCGCGCACACUCGAAUCGAUCACUGGAGGAGUAUGAGCGAGCACUUUCUUCCUACCGAUAUGAGCUCGGUAGCGACGCUUUUAUCCGCAACCACCUUCGCCGCCUCUACGAUGCUAUGCUGGAGCAGAACCUCAUCAAGGUCAUUGAGCCUUUCUCACGCGUCGAAAUCGACCACAUUGCCAAGAUGGUUGGCCUUGACACUCAGCAGGUUGAGCGAAAACUAUCUCAGAUGAUCUUGGACAAGGUUAUUAUCGGCGUUUUGGACCAGGGCGCUGGUUGUCUCAUCAUCUUUGACGAGACGCACCGGGAUGAGUCCUAUGAUGCGGCCCUAGCAACAAUCGAGAAACUGAGCAGUGUGGUGGAUGUACUUUACACGAACCAAGCUUCCAUGCUGGAAUAG